AUGGCUGCUGAUUACUCGAUCCUAACACCGGCCCCUUCAUCAUUUCGGGGCUCUGCAUUCAACUCGCCCUCCACUGUGCCAAGAACUCUCCCACUCCGCGAGUGUGAUGACGGCCCCGCCGGCCUUACUGCCAAAGGACGGCAGCGGGUCAAGCGCGUCCGCACCGUCACCGGUUGCGUCGUGUGUCGUCAGCGUCGCGUCAAGUGCGAUGAGCGGAGGCCUCGCUGCACCAACUGCAGUCGACACCCCAACCGCGUAUGCGAGUACCAGUUCGCCCCCAUUACGCCUGGCCGCGGCAGCAGUGACACGAUGGUGUUGUCCAGUGCCAGCACAUCAGCGGGCACGCCGUCGACGUCGGCCCUCCCUCUCUCACCGGACCCGCCGAUCGCCGACGAGCCCUACCUGUCGUCUGCAUACCGCGACAUUGUCGUCGAGCGGACCCUGGCCGGGAUGAUCGCGGCCGAAGGACGAGGAUUCGAGAUCCUAAAUCCCACCGGUGGGCCGUCCAGCCUUGCAGAUGCACUCCUCUCCAAGCUCGCGUACCAGCUGGGCCCGACCAGCUCGUUCGAUCCGAGGAGUCCCACUGCGCCGCUGCGCACGCUCCUGGCGUACCAUGAAACAAUUGUCCGUCGCUCGUUUACCGACCUGGACGACCGCGAGUCCCGCCUCCUGUGCAGCACCACGGCGCUCUUCGCCACUGGAUCCGUGACAAACCGUGACGAGCUGACCGACAACUACCUGGGCCUGCUCGGCGCCGUGGGGUUUACCUUGUUCCUCUCCCAAGUUCUCGCCCCGGCGCCAGGGCGGUGGAAGGAGCAACUGCGCGCAGGUGUCGAGUGGGCAGUGGCGCGCGGUGGGCCCGGCUGGGUCAUUGGUGUCUCGCCGCCACUCCCGGGCCACCGUGGCGGAGAUCUGCGUAACGUCCAGCCCAUCGCCAUGGCGCUGUACUCUGACUUUACGGCUCUGCUUGUCAUGUUUGCCAGCCUAACAGAGGGCACGCUCCCGAUUUUUAUCAACUACAAUGAUGUUUCGUGGAUCCUCGCUUCGCGAGCCCUACAGCUCAAGUGUGCCCCCGGCAUGCCCGACCUGUUCGAGGCGCUCCUGGCCGCUCCCCGCAUCAUUGUCCCGACGUUUGCGACCGCGGUCGGGCUGGUGUCUCGCCGUCUGGCCGUGGACCCGCAAGCCGAGAUGGUCAAGGAGCAGCUCGACCACGAGGUGUCUUCGCUGCGCACCGAGCUCGAGGUGGUGUGGCCUCCGCGUCUGGCUGGCAGGCAGGAUUCCAGGAGACUGCAGUAUGGCGGUCGCCUGUGGCGCCUGGCCGUCCUCAUCCUGGUCAUCCACAAGGCCCAAGAGUUCCCGCCCACGUCGCCGGAACUCAUCAUGCAUGUCGCCCAGUUUAUCGAGCUGUGUUCCGAGGCCGCGUCCGAUAUCGGACACCUCUCGGGCUGGCUCUGGCCCAUCCUCAUGGUCGGCUGCGCGGCCUGUCUCCAAGACCACCGCACGGCCAUCUUCGGCAUGCUCCCGCUGGCCCGCUCCUGCGUCGGCGAGAAGGACUGCUCAGACGAGGCCGGGCGGAUCCUGUCCCUGGUGCAUCUGCACCAUGACAUUGGAGAUCACAUGUACCAUAUCCGCGACGCGGUCAAGGACGACCCCAUGCUGGACGUGUUGCUCGUUUAG